AUGUUCUCGUGCCACUUGCCCAGCAAGCAAGACCUACUCGUGAUCGUGCACCUAGUAUGCUGCGUAUGCGGGAUCGGGUCGCUUUCGAUGCCGUACAUCUUUGCGCAAGCUGGCCCGACCUACUCGACGGUGGCGUUUGUUCUCAACUGCUUUUUCAACACGUACGCCACAGUCGCUCUGUCACAUUGUUUUCUAAAGCUCCGCCAUGUGCCCCAUAUUCACACGUACACGGACUUGGCCGUCCACUUGUGGGGGCGAAAGGGGUCGUUCAUCGUGCAAGCCACCCAGUUGACGUCGUGUUUUCUCCUUCCGGUGGCGUUCCUCGUGCUGGGUGGGGCGACCCUCCUUCCGGCCAUCUUUGACGGCGCCGUCGACAUGUCCACCACCCUGUGGAUCGUGGUCAUGGCGGUGAUCCUUCUUCCCAUCAUCUACAUCCGCGUCCUACAUGAAGCGUACAUCGUGUUGAUCUCCGGGGCAGCUGCUACCUUCAUCGCAGAUGUGCUUGCCACCGUCGACGCCUAUGUCGCCCACGGGGACGAGUUGUACGAACCUACUGACAACGUCGGCUUUACCAACGUCCUCGACACGUUCGGAUCGUUUGCAUUGGCAUAUGGGGCCGCGUUGAUCGUCCCCCAACUGCAGCACCACCACCCCCAGCCAGAGAAGAUGCCCACAGCGUUAGUCUACGGUAUGCUGCUCAUUUCGGGGUUCUACGUGACGCUGGGGGCCCUCGGGUACGCCCACUUUGGCUGUGCUUCGCCCAACAACCUCCUCUUGGCCAUGUCGCACACCACAUCUCGUCGUCGAGUGGCAUAUGCGUCCAUGUUUUUGCACAUUUCAAUGGCGUUUGCAGUGCUCUUGAACCCGUUCUUUGUCACUGUGGAGAAGACGUUGUUUCCUCAAACAGCGCUGCAAGAUGAAAGCGACGCCGAAGACGGCGAUGACGUCGAAGCUGGGGCGUACAUCGUGUUGAUCUCCGGGGCAGCUGCUACCUUCAUCGCAGAUGUGCUUGCCACCGUCGACGCCUAUGUCGCCCACGGGGACGAGUUGUACGAACCUACUGACAACGUCGGCUUUACCAACGUCCUCGACACGUUCGGAUCGUUUGCAUUGGCAUAUGGGGCCGCGUUGAUCGUCCCCCAACUGCAGCACCACCACCCCCAGCCAGAGAAGAUGCCCACAGCGUUAGUCUACGGUAUGCUGCUCAUUUCGGGGUUCUACGUGACGCUGGGGGCCCUCGGGUACGCCCACUUUGGCUGUGCUUCGCCCAACAACCUCCUCUUGGCCAUGUCGCACACCACAUCUCGUCGUCGAGUGGCAUAUGCGUCCAUGUUUUUGCACAUUUCAAUGGCGUUUGCAGUGCUCUUGAACCCGUUCUUUGUCACUGUGGAGAAGACGUUGUUUCCUCAAACAGCGCUGCAAGAUGAAAGCGACGCCGAAGACGGCGAUGACGUCGAAGCUGGGGGUGACACGGACGUAGUGGCCCCCUUCCAUGUAGCGACCACCCCCAAGAAGAUGGUUCAAACGCCUCCACCAGUCAAACAAGUGGAUGGCGAUAACACCGAAGCCAGCAUUUCGUCGACAGCUUCCAUGUCCAGCGAGAACACCCGCCGUAUCGUGUUUCGCACAAUCAUCGUGGCCAUUCAGUGCUUUCUCGCCACGCUUUUGCAAAGCUCGUUCUACGACAUGGCCGAUUUGAUUGGUGCGUCGCUGGCCAACAUUUGCUCGGUGAUCAUGCCCCUGUUGUUGUACUACAAGUUGUUCGCAAACGAAAUGUCCAAGACCCACAAGCUCCUGUGUUGGACAGUCAUUUUGGUGUCGAUUCUGCUGGGGUCGUACUCGACGAUUCACGCCAUCCGCCGCAUCGUCAAGAAUGCGUCCGAGUACACAGUCUUCGCAAGCGCCCCGAGUGCCAAGCGGACAUCGUACCCGCUCUGCCCCGCUGGGUAUGCAGAUCGAAAGGCUCAGUGGCUUGACUCGUUCACGCUGUACUAUUAA